AUGCUUCAAGCUAUUCCGGCCUGUAUACAGAUGAUCUUUGUCUGGUUUCUGGAUGAGUCCACUCGUUGGCUGUGCUACAAAGACCGCGAAGAAGAAGUCUUCAACAUCCUCGUCAAGCACCAUGGCGGCGGCGACCCAAACGACCCCCUCGUUCUCGCGCAAUUCCACGAGAUGAAAGUCGCACUGCAGCUGGAGAAGCAAGUGCAAGACGCGGGCCCCAAGCUGUUCCUCAAAACACCAGCCAACCGUAAGCGGCUGCUCAUUCUCGUGACGCUUGCUGUUGCUGCAGCAUCGGCAUCACAAGUCAGCGGGAGCAGACUUUGCUCAACGGGGUCAUCAGCACGGCGAACCACGCAACCGCCCUCAUGGCGGCGGUGGAUGUUCGUCGGCGGCGGAGUUGCCAUGUGGCUGACCUUUUCGUCGCUCACCGCUAGCAUCGCCGUCUACAACACCAAAGGGACAACGGCUUCGAGCCAAGCUGCGUUGGCGUUGAUCUUCGUAUACUAUGCGGCAUUCAACCUGUGUCUGAACCCGCUUCUCGUCCUCUACCCGACGGAGAUCCUGCCGUUCAGGUUGAGGGCUAUGGGUUUGAGCAUUCUGGUGCUCGCCAACAAGGCGGCAUCGUUGCUGAACCAGUUUGUGAACCCGAUUGGGAUAGAGUCACUGAGUUGGAAGUACUACCUCUUCUACGUCGGAUGGCUACUGGUCGAAAUAGCGGUGUUCUACAUUUUGUAUCCGGGGACGAAGGGGUACAGCUUGGAACGCAUGCAAGAGGUGUUUGGGGAAGAGAUCAAAGAUGAUGGGCCAGAGGAGAAGGCCUCCAUCAUCAAUGAGAUGAGAGCGGUAGAGCACAGGGAGUGA